UCAUACACACACACACAAGGAGAAUGGUCUUAACCAAAUGUUCUAAGGUAGAGUCUGAGAAUUUUUAACAUUCACAAGUCUGAGAAAUUUUAAGAUUCACAAUAUGGAAUUAGAGUACCUUGGUUCUGAUCCCAGAUCUGUUUCUUAUCACUUAUGUGACCUUGGUCUAGUCAUAAUUUCUACAAAUCACCAACAAUGGGAAUUUGAGAGCCAUGGCCAGUUGGGGCCAAGGUAUAUUAGGGUUAGUGGGCCUUGAAGAACUCACCAAAUCACCUGGAAAUGAGGCUGAUUUUGAAUCACAAAUGAGAAGAUUUCAAUAUAACAUGUUGUCCUGUGAGGGCUCCAGAGUCCAUAGAUUGGUGCUACUUCUUGAGCUUUCUGAAGUAAAGUGUACUUGUAGAAACAAAAGUGAAAGUAACACAUCAGAUUGUUUUACCAGUCCAGUGGAGAAGAUCAAUUUUUUACUCUCUGGAAAAAGCUCUGGCACCUCACCCUGUUCAAAGAUGGAAGCCAAACCAAGGAAAUCUGACAGCUUGAUUCCUGACGACUGUGUGAACCAUGAGUCUGAUAAUAUCCUGAGGAUUGUCCUAGUUGGGAAAAGUGGAAAUGGGAAAAGUGCAGCUGGGAACAACAUCCUUGGCUAUGAAGGAUUUGAAUCUAUACAUGGAGGACAUUCAGUGACCCAGGAAUGUAAAAAACAAACCCGAAAAUGGAAGUCCAAGAAAGAGCUUGUGGUUGUUGAUACCCCUGGACUAUUUCACACAAAGAAAAGCUUAGAAACCACUUGCACUGAGAUCAGUCGCUGUGUCAUCUUAUCUUCCCCUGGGCCACAUGCCAUCAUUCUGGUUCUACAGCUGGGUUGCUAUACAGAUGAAGAUCAGCAGACUGUCUGCUGGCUCAAGGCACUCUUUGGAACCUCUGCCACAAAAUACAUGGUAGUCUUGUUCACUCGGAAAGAUGACCUAGAGGGUCAGGAACUGGAUGAGUUUUUAAAAGGCUGUAAUGCAAACCUCAAAAUGCUCCUUAAAGAGUGUAAUGGGAGAUACUGUGCAUUCAAUAACAAAGCCAAGGAUGAUGAAAACAAAGCCCAAGUGACAGAGCUGCUGGAUAUGAUAGAGAAGAUGGUACAGGAUAAUAAAGAGGAGUAUUUCUCAGAUGCCAUAUACAUGAAAACUGAGGAAAUACACAAAAAAAGAAGAGAGAACCUGAAGGCAGAAUACACUCAACAUUUAGAAAAUAGUAUUUGUGAAAUAGAAGAAAAAUAUGCUGAGAUAUCAAACCCCACAGAUGAGGAAAAAAACCAAAAGGAGUCUAAAAUAAGAAGCCUACGGCAAAAAUAUGAUGAAAUUAUUAAACAAAUAGACGCAGAAUCAGAGAAAGAUACAAGUUUAUUGAAAGGAAUAGCAACCAAAAUUAGAAACUAUUUCUAAAAUUCCACUUUGGUUCCAAAAGUUCAUGUAGGUACUUAAAAAAAAUGAACCUGCUUUUUUAAAAUUCAUAGCUAUCCUUAAUUUUAUGUAAAUUUAUCUAUUACAGAAUUAUUCCUGAUUUCUUUCAUAUUAUUUUUGAGGCCAUGAUAAAACAGAUAUGGAGGGGCAGAAUUCCCACCAGUGAUAUGCCACAUUAUAGCUCCCAGAAUCAAAUUUACUUCUUUUGGUUGAGCUUUUACUUUCUGGGCCCCAAGUGUAGAGUCUAGGAUUUGUCGCCCUCAAAUCUUUCAUGAACGUGAAUAAGUAAUAAAGUUUAACCUUCUUUGUUUAAA